GCAGUGCCGGCGCGGUGGGCGGCCCCGCGGCGGCGGCUCGGGAUGUCGGGCUGCCUGCUGGUGACGUAGCGCCGCUCGCGCCGCGGGAAGGGCUGCGCCAGAGCUCCGGGGCCCUCCGCCGUUUCCUUCCCCGGUCCGGAGCCGGGGCCCGGCCCCGCGUCUCCCUCCGCCAUGGGCGCCGGCGCGCUGGCGGCAGCGAGCAGGGCACGGCGCGGAGCCGGGGCCGCCGCCGCUGGGCAUGUGCCAGGCUGGGCCGCCGCGUGAGCAGCCCGGGAGCCGUACCUUUGUCCGCCCGCCCGCCCCGCGGCGGCACGAAGCGUUUUUAAAUUUCCCCUCUCUCGCCGUUUCGUCCGUUGCUUCGCCGCCGCUCCCCUGGGCGAGCCCAGGGCCAUGAGCAGCAGCCCCGCGGCCCGGAGCGGCGGGCGGCCCGGAGAGCGCUGAAGGAGCCGGGGGCAGCGGGCGCACUAUGGCCGGCAGCGGCUACACGGACCUGCGGGAGAAGCUGAAGUCCAUGAUGCCUUACCGGGACGGCUCCAAAGGGCCCCGGGAGCCCCCCGAGCCACCCUACGAGCGUAAGCGGCGGUACCACGAGGACUCCGGUUCGGAGCCCAGCGAUUAUGAGGAGCAGAAGGAGGAGGAAGAAGCCCGGAAAGUGAAAAGCGGCAUUCGUCAGCUUCGCCUCUUCAGCGCCGAGGAGUGUGCCAAGAUCGAAGCUCGCAUUGACGACGUGGUGUCCAGGGCUGAGAAAGGGCUCUACAAAGAGCACACGGUGGAUCGAGCCCCGCUGCGGAACAAGUAUUUUUUUGGGGAGGGUUACACCUAUGGGUCUCAGCUGCAGAGGAGAGGCCCCGGGCAGGAGCGCCUGUACCCGCGUGGGGAGGUGGAUGCCAUCCCCGAGUGGGUGCACGACCUGGUGAUCAGGAAGCUGGUGGAGCACCGGGUGAUCCCCGAGGGCUUUGUGAACAGUGCUGUGAUCAACGACUAUCAGCCCGGGGGCUGCAUUGUCUCCCACGUGGACCCCAUCCAUAUCUUCGAGCGGCCCAUCGUCUCCGUGUCGUUCUUCAGCGAUUCGGCGCUCUGCUUUGGGUGUAAGUUCCAGUUCAAACCCAUCCGGGUGUCGGAGCCCGUGCUGUUCCUGCCGGUGAAGAGAGGAAGCGUCACAGUGCUCAGUGGAUACGCAGCCGAUGAAAUUACACACUGUAUUCGACCACAGGACAUCAAGGAGAGAAGAGCUGUCAUCAUUCUUCGAAAAACAAGACUAGAUGCCCCUCGAUUGGAAACAAAAUCGCUGAGUAGCUCUGUGUUGCCACCAGGUUACACCUCUGACCGCCUGUCAGGAAGCAACAGGGACCAGAUCUUGAAACCAAAGCGGUCCCAUCGCAAAGCAGAUCCCGAUGCUGCUCACAGGCCACGGAUUCUAGAAAUGGAUAAAGAGGAGAACAGGCGCUCAGUCCUCUUACCAAAACAUAGGAGACGGAGCAACUUCAGCUCUGAGAACUAUUGGCGAAGGUCUUACGAGUACACAGAGGACUGUGACGAGGAGGAGGAGGAUGGCAGCCCAGCUAGGAAAGUUAAAAUGAGGCGACACUGAGGAAUGCACUUUCCAGGCUUGUGGAGCUGAUGAGAUUGGCCUCUAGUCUGUGAAAACUUUCUCCUCCCUCUGGCUAUUUUCCAUUUAGCUUCAGUUUUGGUUUUUCCUUUCAGGCUGAAGAGUAAACAGGAAGGAUCUAGCGAUUUGUUUUUAUGAAUGGAGGAAUGCUGAGACGUGUGUAAGGAUGGAACAUAUCCAGUUACAUGUGGUGUCCUGAGUUAUGGGUCUAAUGGGCAUCUCUACCAUAGGAAGCAGAUAACGUUAUGCCAGGCUGUCUGUUGGGAUUUCUUUGAAAACACCAAAAAGUUUAACUGUUUCAUUGCGCAAGAUUCAAGAAUUGUAUUUUGUUUUGUUGGUUUCUUUUUUUUGCUUUAACUUUCUUCUUUUCCAAAUGUUCUAAAUAUGAUGUUGUUAGACCCCUGGAGCUGAAAUUCUCUGUGGUGGCCUCGUAUUCCUUGCUUCACCAAAGGGCUCCUUGGUCUGCUUAUACCUAGUUGUUGUUGGGUUGUGUUUUAAGGGUGUGCCCUGCAGUAACUGGAAGUUUGAAGCUUUGCAGGCUCCUUUUGCUGCAUUGAUUACAAAGGAUUUAGGACAUUUGUGUUGCACUUUAGUACCAGUUUUAAAUGCCAUAGAUUUCCUUUCCAGUCCGUUUUCCCUAACCAGCUUGGGCUCACAGCUUUGUGUCCCUGUGCUGCCCUCUCCAAGAAGAAUGUACUUAAGCUCUGGUUUCUCAGUGCUCUUCUGACCGGUGAUCUGUUUUGGCUGAGGAUGGAGCUGUGCCUGGCUUCACUGGUGUUGGUCCAGUGCUGACCUGAGGUCUGUAUUGGAGUCUGGGAGCUGCAGAGCAAGGGACUGCAUUGAGUAUGUGCUGCUUUCCGGAGCUAGAGACAGCAAAGAGGAGUGGGAGGGAGGCUCUGCUAGGGGGAAUGCUUGCCUUGGGACCCCCUAAGAAGAUUUGGGAUGCUGCUGGGUACGGAGGAGCUCUGUUUUGGCCCACAGGAUGCUCGUCAGCUAUCACUGCAGCAGUUUUCUGAUGCCUUCUUGUUUCUGUGCAUAUUCUGGGGUAGGGACUCUGCUUGCCCCAGGAAGUGAUAAGAGGCGUGAGACGUCUCACCCUGUGGAGGUAACGUUAGAAGUCUGCUUUCUUCCUCGUCUUUUCUCACCAGUUUGUGUUUUCCCUGCCUGAAAUCUGUGUUUUGCAGGUUUGGGGCCCAACACCAUAUUUAGAACCCUACUUUUAAGAAACUUUCUCCAAUUGAUUCUUUGAACCCAAGUGUUGGCAGUUGUAAGGAGUAGUCUUAUUUUUAAAUUUUUACUGCUUUGUCCUUCCUCAAAUUGUAGUUUUUCUUAGUGUUGUGUCCUCCACUCUUCAUUAUCUGCACGCUUGGCAAUAAAAAGAUGUAAUAUAUUUUGAAACCCA